UGCGUUCAAUUCGUGAUUUGGUGAGUCCCGUGAGUUUUGUGAACGGAGUGGAUCUGUGAUACAGACAACGAUCGCCAUUUUCUACAUUCGUGGUUAUAAUUCACUACGCCGGAUUGCAUUGUGUUGCAGCGACGUGUUUUUUUAUGACGUGCUGUAUGAUAUGUUGUGUUAGAAUUAUUAAAGUUCAAUUAUUGUGCUAAAGAAACUGAGUGUCGAAUAUGUGUUUGGCGUCUGUGCUACAUUAAUGAGGGCGAUGCCCGGACACGCGACUGGGGGUGCGUCAGCGGAUAUGGUGAGGAUCUAAGGGGAGAAAAGGGAGAUAAAAAUGUGACAUUUUGUCAACGUGUGGUACGGUCUUACGAGAGCGGUGAGGAGAUUCAAAAAGAAAAUAGCGGGUCCGAUUAGGCUGAUAAGAGCCUAAAAAUGCCGCUCCCGAAAAGGUUGGUAGAGCCUGUACAUGUGGCUCGGGGUACAAUCCCUGAGGCCUUUCCUCUACCAUCAGAAUUGGAAGCUGCAACAAAUGGGACCUUAGCCAAUACAAUUAGGCAGCUGUCAAGUCUAUCAAGACACGCAGAAGACCUGUUCGGGGAGCUGGCAAAAGAGGCACAUUCGCUAAGCGAUCGAGCCAACUCUCUGCAGGCGAGAAUAGACAGAUUGGCUGUUAAGGUUACACAGCUGGACAGUAAUGUUGAGGAAGUUUCCUUGCAAGAUAUUCAUAUGAGAAAAGCAUUCAAGAGUUCGGUUGUAUUUGAUCAACAAGUCGUAUCUCGAGAUACUAUGCCAACAGCAAUGCUUGAAACUUAUCAACAGUGUGAUACUCCGCCUCCAUUGGAUAAACUCAAUGUUUACAGGGAGGAUGGUAAAGAUGGAUUAAAGUUCUAUACUGAUCCAAAUUACUUCUUCGACCUUUGGAGUCAAGAAAUGCUGAAAGAUACGGAAAAGAAAUUGCAUGAUCGAGGGAAAAAGCCUCAUAGGCCUCGGAACGAUGGCAGUAAUGUUAGUGGAGGCGGUAGACACAAGAAGCGUGUAAGACAGCCUCAUAAUACAAGAGAAAGACAAAGACAACUUGCAGUUGGUCAUGGCGAAUAUAUAAUGCCACCACAGGGUGUACAAUAUAGAACACCACACAAUAUUCCAGAUGAAUCACUGUUAGGAAUGGUGAUGACGGAGCCAAGACCUCCAAGACCAAAUAGUAUUGAACUUAGGCGGAGCUAUCCACCUGAUGAACAACAUUUGUAUAGUCCUCCUACAACUGAUCACUACAGAACUACAAAUUACAUUUCUCAAAGUUACGAUGAUGGAAGUCUGUAUAGUUCCCAUUACGCCCCUGGGCAAGGCCAGCCAGGUAGUGAAACUUAUCAAAGUCCUGGUGGUCAAAGUACUCCAAGUCGUGGUGGACGGUCGAGACCUUCGCAGCCCCCACCAGCACCACCAAGUAAUGCUUCAAGUAAUUCAACACCUACAGUGGCAUCUGCAAAUAAUACACCAACGAGAGGAAGGUCAAUGAGUUCAGGAAGAGACACUCUUCCGCCUCCUCCACCUCCUCCGGGAGAAACGAUGUCACCGCCAUCAAUGAAUGGAACGAUUCCGGCACAUCUGCUUAAUAGAAAUGGCAGUCGUUCUAAUAGUCCAUUACCAAGUCAUCAAUCAACACCGACUCCACCAAAUCAUACAAUUCCUGUGGGAAUCGAUGAGCCGGAUCCUGCGCCUCAGGAUCUACCGCCACCACCACCUACACCCGAUCCAGUACCAUCAAGACCAAUAUCACCUCCUUGCAACAUUCCACCGCCUCCUCCACCACCGCCACCACCACCUAUUGCAAAUGGACCCAUGCCAUGCGUACCAAUUAGCAAUGGUGAUAUUGCCAAGAUGAUUGCGACUAAUCCACCUAAAUUAAAACCACUUAAAAGCAUCGAUGAUAGACAAUUAAAAAAGCCGCAAAAUCCUAAUAUUCCUAUUGUGGAUCCACGAAAUGAUUUACUCAAGGCUAUUAGAGAUGGAAUUAAAUUACGUAAAGUGGAGAAAAUCGAACAAAAAGAAGUGGAGCGUGUAAAUGCUUUAAAUGAUGUAGCAUCCAUACUAGCAAGGCGUGUUGCUGUUGAAUUUAGUGAUAGUGAUUCUGCAUCAGAAAGUGAAUGUGACAGUGAAGGAUGGGGAGAGCAAGACUCGAGUAUCGCCUGACCCGUGUCAUUCCCUCCUGCUGCAUCUGCCUCGUAAAAGAGUAGCCAAUCAUUGUAUUUAAGAAAAUAUUCUUUGGUCUCUAUUAUAAAUUAGAUAUGUUCGAUUUUAAAAAUUUUCAUUAUAUCUGAAUUUCUGUAAUUACAUCAGAAGACAGAA